CACGCCCGCCCCUCGAGCGUCGCUCCCGCCGGCCGGCCGCCCGCACCCAUGUGGUGGGAGCCCUUACUUGCUAGCAGAGCUUUAACCUCCCGGCGACGCGCGGUGGUUUGUGGGGUGUGUGACUGACUGCCCAGAGCUGGACCCACUGCCGGCUGUGGAGCCUGGGAUCUUGCGUGGUGUCAGAAGUGACAUUCCCUUUGGCCGGCGUGACAGCAUUUGACCCUGUGCAGCAAAGCAAUGGUUAUGGAGAAGCCCAGCCCGCUGCUGGUGGGGCGGGAGUUCGUGAGGCAGUAUUAUACUUUGCUGAAUAAGGCGCCGGAAUACCUACACAGGUUUUAUGGCAGGAAUUCUUCCUACGUUCAUGGAGGAGUGGAUGCUAGUGGGAAGCCCCAGGAAGCUGUUUAUGGCCAAAAUGACAUUCACCACAAAGUGUUAUCCCUGAACUUCAGUGAGUGCCACACAAAGAUCCGUCACGUGGAUGCGCAUGCCACCCUGAGCGAUGGUGUCGUCGUCCAGGUCAUGGGCUUGCUGUCCAACAGCGGGCAGCCGGAAAGGAAGUUCAUGCAGACCUUCGUUUUGGCUCCAGAAGGGUCUGUUCCAAAUAAAUUUUAUGUCCAUAAUGAUAUGUUUCGUUAUGAAGAUGAAGUAUUUGGUGAUUCUGAACCAGAACUUGAUGAAGAAUCAGAAGAUGAAGUGGAAGAGGAGCAGGAAGAAAGACAACCUUCUCCUGAACCUGUGCAAGAAAAUGCUAGCAGUGGUUACUAUGAAGCUCAUCCCGUGACUAACGGCAUAGAGGAACCUUUGGAAGAAUCCUCUCAUGAGCCUGAGCCUGAGCCCGAAUCUGAAACAAAGGCAGAGGAGUUGAAACCACAAGUGGAAGAGAAGAAUUUAGAAGAACUGGAGGAGAAGUCUGCUACUCCUCCCCCCGCAGAGCCUGUUUCGCUGCCCCAAGAACCACCAAAGGCUUUCUCCUGGGCUUCAGUGACCAGUAAAAACCUGCCUCCUAGUGGUACUGUUUCUUCCUCUGGAAUUCCACCCCAUGUUAAAGCACCAGUCUCACAGCCAAGAGUGGAAGCUAAACCUGAAGUUCAGUCUCAGCCGCCACGCGUGCGAGAACAACGACCUAGAGAGCGACCUGGUUUCCCACCUAGAGGACCAAGGCCAGGCAGAGGAGAUAUGGAACAGAAUGACUCAGACAACCGUAGAAUAAUUCGCUAUCCAGACAGUCAUCAGCUUUUUGUUGGUAACUUGCCACAUGACAUUGAUGAAAAUGAACUGAAAGAAUUCUUUAUGAGUUUUGGAAACGUUGUGGAACUUCGCAUCAAUACCAAGGGUGUUGGGGGAAAGCUUCCAAAUUUUGGUUUUGUGGUUUUUGAUGACUCUGAACCAGUUCAGAGAAUCUUAAUUGCAAAACCAAUUAUGUUCCGAGGAGAGGUGCGCUUAAAUGUGGAAGAGAAGAAGACAAGAGCUGCGAGAGAGCGAGAGACCCGAGGCGGUGGCGAUGACCGCAGGGAUGUCAGGCGCAACGAGCGAGGUCCUGGAGGCCCGCGGGGCCUCGUGGGCGGCGGGCUGGUGCGCGACCGAGACAACAGAGGCCCCCCUCCACGGGGCGGCGUGGCGCAGAAACUGGGCUCCGGGCGAGGCGCUGGGCAGAUGGAGGGCCGCUUCCCUGGGCAGCGGCGCUGACCCUGCGGCCAGUCUUGGCAGUGGCGCGGUCUUCAUCGUGUUUGCGUUCUUGUGAAUUUUUUUUUUGGCUUUGGAAUGUGACACAGCCUUUUUAAUCAUUUCUUUGAUGUGAAAAGCAUCUUUGGUUAUCAGUUAAAUUGAGGUGGACAUUUUUCCCCAAUUUCAUAACAGGAUUCACAUUGUUAAUUUAUAAAUCUAGACUUGGUGAAUUAAGGACUGAGAUGACCUUUAAUCUAUCAACAACAGAAUGAACUUAAAAGGACAUGUCCUGAAUUCAGGUCCUUUGAGUCAAAAAAUAUCCUCUGCUGCACAAUUUGUUUAAGUGUUACUGUUUCUGCCUGUUAAUGUUGGAAACACAAAUAGUGCAAUUUGUGCAAUUGGAGAAUCUUGCCUUUUUUCUUGGCUUCCCCCUCCCCCAAUACAAACCAACUGAAACUUGUGCCCUCAUCAAAAUGCACUGUUGGGUACUCUGAACUCCUUAACAUUGAAGUCUGCAACAGGAGGCAACAGGGAAAGAAACCUUCCGUCUUUUUCCAGUAGAAAGUAGCUUAUGAAAUGAUGAGGGCAUUUUAUCUGCUUGCUGUGACCAGCGUGUGUACACAUAGACCUUAACAAGACUACCGAUGUGUUCCAGGAGGAAAUUAGCUAUGAACUAAAAACAACAAAAACCAGAACUUCAAAUGUCAUGGUUUUGAGUAUCAGCUUCGCACUGUCAGAGUUUUCUGCCCGCCCCUCUUGAUACAGGGCAGGCUGGCUGCUCAGCACACUCCUCCCCGUCCUUUGAGCUGUGUACAGUGGAGAUUGUCUUUCCUGUAUUUUUGUUCUCUGGUAUAAGCAUGAUGGUGCCUUCUCUUAAUACAUCAUUCCAGUCCUGCUGGUUAUUUUGUACAGUAUAGUUUAUGGAUUGCCGUGCUACAAAGCCAAACAGCUGCAAAACAUUGAGAAAUCAUUGGAGUGUAUAAAAAUUGCAGUAUCUUUAAAAUCAGUAAAAUGGACACUUACUACUUACCUUGUUCUUCAGUUAACAGGUUUUGUGUUCUGUGGGAGGGGCCUUGUGUCCAGGAUGGAGUGAGAGAGAAGGUUGGUUCUUUUGAAUCUCUAGUUGACUUUUCUUGGUUUUAAUGUGAAUGUGAACCAUACGGCUUCAAUGCUUGGAAAAGUCACUCAACUUGGUGUACAUUUUUAGUAACAUUUCAAAAGUAGCAGAUUCUAUAAAUGGCAAGUAAACCCACAAGUGAGGAUACUGCAGUUUUCAGAGGAAGGAACAGCAGCUCUAGGUAGUGUUGGCGUUUUCUCUCUGGGGUCUGGGAGCUGUCAUUCAUUUUGCACAAUUCUUGAACUGAUGUUAACACCUGAGUGUUAACAUCAGUUAACACUCCUGAAUUUCACAGUCUGGGAGGACAUCUUUUUAUUUUUACAUGAAUCUGAACAGUUCUGUGAGCAGAGAUUGUAGCUGCUGGAUUAUUAUAUUGUCUUUUUAGCAAGUUCCAAUAAAACACAAAAUAUGGCAGAGAUGAUCCAGUUCUGUGUGUGGAGCAGUCAGAGCCUAGGCAGAUUCUGAUGUUCCAGGCAGGAGGUGGGGAGAAGUGUGACCACUUAAAGCUGCUUGUUAACAUGGAAGACUUCUCCAUUCUGACUUAAAACAAGCAAACCAUGCACUUGCCAGAGUAGCAGAUUGGUUCUGAAUUAUGCAGCAAUUUGCUGCUUAGUAAACUAGCAAAUGAUUGCAUGUGCUUUGCUUUUUACCAACAGGGCAAUAAGAGUAAAGUCAAAUCUAUUGUCUUUUUCAGCCCUUUGAAUGAGGUCUUCCAUGUGUGAGGAAAAGUUUUGCACUAUUGCAUAUAUUUGGGGGACACAGAUUUUCAGUUUCCAUUUUUGGGAGCUUAAGGAUUUAUAUUUGUUUGAAACAGUUUUACGCUUUCUGAUGUAUAGUACUUGAAGUUCUUACCAGAAAAUUACUUUGGGGUCUUGAAGCCUUUAUCCAACUACUUUAAUGAGUGGUUUUAUGUCAGUGUUUUUUCUCCCAUGUAUUUUUCCUUUAUUCGUCUUUCCCCUUCCACAUACACAUAAAUGUAUGUAUGUACGUACACAUAUACACAUGUUUCUGACCCAGGAUAUUGCGCAGUAGCCCAUGAGAACUGUUCUGGCACCAAAAGAAACGACAAGUGUUAAGUGUAAUAGACAGCGAGUGCAGAGAGCCACUGGGCACCCAUCGCUGCACAUGGCAGAGGAAGCAUGAGAACACCGGCUGGCGGAGUUUCCAUGGUGAUUGCUCACCCACAGUACUGUGGACUUUAACACUUUGUCCCCUCUUCAGUGAAGCAGUAAAAUAUUCAUCUACCAUUACUGUUCUUUGCUAUUCUGUUUUAUUUUUCGAUGGUAAUAUUCUAUCCUUAUGACACUAUUGCAACCAAAUUGGCUUUAUCAUCUUGGCUUUAGUAGGAAUAGAAGACAAUGGAUUACCAUCUCUGUUGCUGUAAUGUGUUAAGCAUUAUAUGCUAGUAGAAUCUAGUUUAAUUGUUUCAGGUGGAAAGCAUUCUUUUGAGUUUCCAUUUUGAAUGUGUUUGGACUAAACAAACAAUAAACUACUGAUGUCUGCAGCAUUUA